CGCUCCAAAAGACGAUACAGGCGGAGAAGUACCCUCGAGGCCCGAGAGACGAACCGAUAUACCGAGAUACAUAUAGUUCAACAUAUCCCUCAUUUUGCAUAGGCCCUACUGCUCUCCGUUUUGCUACCACCGUCUUUAUUCCCGCCUCCGCACUCAUGCAGCGAUAUCGAUUAUCCUGCUAAGUGAGACCUUUGCUCCAUCAAAGCCGGCAAGGAUGUCUCUGGACCGUACCAAACCGGCGGAGACAUUUACCACUCAUUCAUCAACACAGCAGCAGCAGCAGCAGCAACAGCAUCACCAUCAUCAACAACACUCAAAUGCAGACUCACAGACGUCGACUAUACCUCAACUUCACCCGGGAGCUCAGCCUCCCCCAAACUCAUCCUUACUUGCACGGUUGCAAGUCUAUUCAACCCGCAUUCCUCAGAGCUAUGUGACACCGUUUUGUGGAGCCGGAGCAGGUGUCGCUUCUGGAAUCAUCACUUGUCCGCUGGAUGUUAUCAAAACCAAAUUACAGGCCCAGGGAGGCUUCUUGCGACGAAAUGGGAAACUGGUGCAGACAGAGGCCCUGUAUAAAGGCAUGAUAGGGACUGGAAGGACUAUCUGGCGGGAUGAGGGUCUGCGUGGGCUGUACAAGGGCCUAGGACCAAUGCUUCUGGGCUACCUUCCUACGUGGGCUGUCUACUUGACCAUAUACGACAGGGCUAGGGACUACUUCUAUUCCCGAACAGGUAUUAAGCUCUCGCCUGGAACAUCUUAUAGAAUCAAUCUACUAAUAUAGUACCCUCUAUGUAGAAAACUGGUGGCUUGCUCGAACAUAUGCAUCAUUAACUGCUGGAGCUUGCUCAACAAUUGCAACAAACCCUAUAUGGGUCAUAAAAACUCGACUCAUGUCCCAGAGCAUACGGCCGUCCAAUGACGGAUUCCACGCUCCAUGGUACUAUAAGAAUACCCUGGACGCUGCACGCAAGAUGUAUGCAAGCGAAGGCAUACGGGCGUUUUAUUCCGGUCUCACGCCUGCCCUCCUUGGCCUCUCCCACGUCGCCAUUCAAUUUCCUCUCUAUGAGUAUUUCAAACUCGCAUUCACAGGGUUCAUGAUGGGUGAGCACCCAGAUGCAGGUAAUCCGCACUGGGUCGGCAUUGGUGCUGCCACUUUCCUUAGCAAAAUCUGCGCGAGCACAGCUACAUACCCGCAUGAAGUACUGCGCACCAGACUACAGACGCAACAGAGAAUUAGUCCCGCCCCGUCACCAGAAGGGAUUUCAUUCCGUGUUUCGGAAGAGACAUACCGUAGCGCCACUGGUGUUGGAGCUGCAUCUUCAGAUGGAAUGCCUAAUCGUCCUCGCUAUCGUGGAGUUAUUCGAACGUUCCAAACAAUACUGAAAGAAGAAGGCUGGAGAGCGUUUUAUGCCGGUAUAGGUACAAACCUUUUCCGAGCUGUCCCUUCUGCCAUGACCACCAUGUUGACGUACGAAUACCUACGCAACAUAAUACACUGGGGUCAGCAUGAGGGAGAAUUAAUACUAGCCUCAUCAGUGGAAAAUCAGCAUCUAUGAUUUAACGCCUGGCAACUCCUGCCAAUGUACCAUUGUCCUCAACCAUAACAGCCACUAGAAGCCUGUGGUACCCUGUGAAUAGUGCCUGAUAUGCACAUACAUGACACAUAUUCACUAGAAAAUUUUUGCUUAACGUUUUCUUUCCCUCUAUUUUAUGAUACCAGAUUUGCUACAGAAGUGGGAUUCUUUCCCCUGACGCAAUAAAUAUACCCAAUCAAAAAUAAUCUAACUCUUCUCUCGCCCACCUCCACUUCUUUUCUCCUGUCUCUAUUCCCUGUUAACCCACUAUCUAAUUUCCAAGGGAUGAAUUUACUUGUGUCUAGCAAAGCAAGAAUAUGGCGUGUCAGGCGUCUUUUCUACUAGGAAUGGGUUUUAUGUACAUGUUUUUAAUUUCAGCCUAUGUUUGUGUGGUGAUGGGAGAAACAAAGGUUAGGAUGCGAGCUGUCUGUCUGUCUCUGUUUUUAUGGGUUGGCUAUUUGUCUUGUUGAUUCAGUCAAAUAUUAAGCAUACAGAACUUGUACGUCAGUCUUCCAGCGUGUGAUAGUGCUAUACACGUGCUUUGAUAGGUUUGGGUACUAUCAUGUUUGUCGCAUGUACAUGUUUAGAAGAGAAUAAAGCUCUAUCGCCACUCAAGACAGAAGUCAUUUUUGGUAAACCAGAAUAGCCGCCUUGCUUGAUGCAGUAGCUCGAGUCAACUUCUUUCGCUGCUUCGAGUCUACCGGAUAAACCCAACGUUAUUGCGCUCUCCUCGAGUCAGUUGGUGGUAUAGAGGCAAACCCAGCAGAGACAAAAGGCAAAUAGCUGGCUCAAAGUUAUCCGAAAAUUGCCGAUAUCCGGUUUAAAGUCCAUUUUCAAGUAUAGACUGAUAUAACAUCGGUUGGUGGGGACAGCGUCGCAUCUCGUUGGCAAUAGACCAAAUCGAUAGAGUAUCGUUACUCCAACUAUCCCAGUUCUCUUGCAUAAUGACCCUGGAACGAAUUGGACAGAGCUGAUAAGCCUGUAUCUUGCACCCUGCGCAUUUUUCAUAUGAAAGAACCUCCGUCCCUUUCUUUUUUAUAUAUAAUUGGAUAUCAGAACCCUGCACGUCACUAUAGCCCAUUGCCUCUGCCGGAAGAUGUAUAUAUAGAAGUACGUUUAGCAUUAUCGCGUGCGGAUCGGAUACUUCGGUAACAGUAUCCUGUAAGUAAAACGGCCAUUGUGAAGGCGGCUAUUGGUACAUUGAGCGACUGGGUUGAUAGAUGUAAGUUUUGAGGUCUCAACUGCGCCAAAGGUGAUUUGAAACGAACCCUCUUGUUUUUCCCACCGGAAAGCUUUCCUGUUAGCGAUUGCUUCGGUGCCAUAAUUUGAGACUAGGAGUUCUUAACUGGCUACGAGCCGUCAACGUUCCAUAUAUUUGUUCGAUCAGUGAAGGAAACCUGGAGUCGUGGAGCUUCAUAUAACGGCAACAUCUGAUUACAUGAGUUACCAGACAUUACUCAUUUCUCAAAAUACCAUUGGCCGACUCACUUUAAGGCUGUGUAACAUAUGGUAUUUAUAUGGCUUCUUGUAUUAAAAACUCCAAAUAGGGGAAAAUAUUGAUUAGUCAUGGUAUUAUAAUCACGUGUAAAGGAUAAAAACACAGUCUCUGGCUAACUAAGCCUCACCACUUAAAUCUAAGCGACUUUUUUCUGCUUUCUUAUUUUUUUUUUUU